AUGGCCGCUAAGUCAGACGGGAGGCUGAAAAUGAAGAAGAGCAGCGACGUGGCGUUCACCCCGCUGCAGAACUCGGACCACUCGGGCUCGGUGCAGGGUUUGGCCCAGGGCUUGCCGUCGGGGUCCGGAGCCGAGGACGAGGAGGCGGCCGGCGGCGGCUGCUGCCCGGACGGCGGCGGCUGCUCGCGCUGCUGCUGCUGCUGCGCCGGGAGCGGCGGCUCGGGAAGCUCGGGCGGCGGCGCUGGCGGCCCGGGCGGCGGCGGGGCGGGCUCGGCGGCGCUGUGCCUGCGCCUGGGCAGAGAGCAGCGGCGCUACUCGCUGUGGGACUGCCUCUGGAUCCUGGCCGCCGUGGCCGUGUACUUCGCGGAUGUGGGCACGGACAUCUGGCUCGCCGUGGACUACUACCUGCGCGGCCAGCGCUGGUGGUUCGGGCUCACGCUCUUCUUCGUGGUGCUCGGCUCGCUGUCGGUGCAAGUGUUUAGCUUCCGUUGGUUUGUGCACGAUUUCAGCACCGAGGACAGCGCCACGGCCACAGCUUCCUCCAGUUGCCAGCAGCCUGGAGCAGAAUGCAAGACGUUGGUCAGUGGUGGGUCUGCAGCUGGGGAAGGCGAGGCUCGUCCUUCCACGCCGCAAAGGCAAGCCUCCAACGCCAGCAAGAGCAACAUCACCGCCACCAACAGCGGCAGCAACAGCAGCGGGGCCACCCGGGCCAGCGGCAAACAUAGGUCUGCGUCCUGCUCCUUCUGCAUCUGGCUCCUGCAGUCACUCAUCCACAUCCUGCAGCUCGGGCAAAUCUGGAGAUAUUUCCACACAAUAUACUUAGGUAUUCGAAGCCGGCAGAGUGGGGAGAAUGACAGAUGGAGGUUUUACUGGAAAAUGGUGUAUGAGUAUGCUGAUGUGAGUAUGCUGCAUUUGCUAGCCACCUUUCUGGAAAGUGCUCCACAGCUGGUCCUGCAGCUCUGCAUUAUCGUACAGACUCAUAGCUUACAGGCCCUCCAAGGUUUCACAGCAGCCGCCUCCCUCGUGUCCUUGGCGUGGGCCCUGGCUUCUUACCAGAAGGCCCUCCGGGACUCUCGUGAUGACAAGAAGCCCAUCAGCUACAUGGCUGUCAUCAUCCAGUUCUGCUGGCACUUCUUUACAAUCGCUGCCAGGGUCAUCACAUUCGCCCUCUUUGCCUCGGUAUUCCAGCUCUACUUUGGAAUCUUCAUCGUCCUUCACUGGUGCAUCAUGACCUUCUGGAUCGUCCACUGUGAGACGGAAUUCUGUAUCACCAAAUGGGAGGAGAUUGUGUUCGACAUGGUGGUGGGAAUCAUCUACAUCUUCAGCUGGUUCAAUGUCAAGGAAGGCAGGACACGCUGUCGGCUCUUCAUUUACUAUUUUGUGAUCCUGUUGGAAAACACAGCCUUGAGCGCCCUCUGGUACCUGUACAAGGCGCCACAGAUUGCAGAUGCGUUCGCCAUCCCAGCGCUCUGCGUGGUAUUCAGCAGUUUUUUAACUGGUGUGGUUUUUAUGCUGAUGUAUUAUGCCUUCUUUCACCCCAAUGGACCCAGAUUCGGGCAGUCACCAAGUUGUGCUUGUGAGGAUCCCGUCGCUGCCUUCACCCUGCCGCCGGAAGUGGCCACGAGCACCCUACGCUCCAUCUCUAACAACCGCAGCAUGGUCAGCGAACGUGACCAGAAAUUUGCAGAGCGGGACGGGUGUGUCCCUGUCUUUCAGGUGCGCCCCACUGCCCCAUCCACCCCGUCUUCUCGCCCACCACGGAUUGAAGAAUCGGUCAUUAAAAUUGACCUGUUCAGAAAUAGGUACCCAGCGUGGGAGAGACAUGUUUUGGACCGAAGCCUCCGCAAGGCCAUUUUAGCCUUUGACUGUUCCCCGUCUCCUCCAAGGCUGCAGUACAAAGAUGAUGCCCUCAUCCAGGAGCGGUUGGAAUAUGAAACCACUUUGUAG